CCUGUCACGACAUCAUGGGCGCCGUCCAGAGUGAUCUUAAGUCCAACAUUGUCCAGGCCUCUUCCGGCGAUGUUGCCAUUCCCUCAACCUUGACCGAAUUCUGGCAGACUGUAACUACCUUCGAUCCUCAAACCGCCGAACAUGUCUUCGAGACCAUCACCCCAUCCGAUCUGCGCACUAUGCGCGACGACCCCAAGUCCUUCAAGAACUUCGAAACCCUAAUUUUGACCCUUACCCUUCACUUGAUCGAUCUGCGCUGGGCCGAAGACUCUCUCUUUGAANAAGAUGCUGCUGCCUUCAUACGUGAGGCUCUAAAUUGCGUCCGCACUCUCACAAGAGUCCUUCCUUUCGUCUACGAAUGUGACCGCUUGUCUAGCUGGGAGCAGUCCUUUNUCUGGGAGCCCACCGACAAGCUGUCUCAGCCCACCAUCUCCCGAAACAUCUCUGGUGAAUCUACCACAGCUGAGAGUCUGGACCACUCAACCAGAUCGUCACACCGCGAACCUUCGACAUGCCUUGGUGUCGAGCUCAUUGAUACCCUUCUGGACCUGGCCUUCUGGUCGGGCUUCACCCUCNCUAUCAAUAUGAAUGGCAAAAACGGUCCUACUUAUGGCUUUUGGCAAAGUGGAAUCGCCUACGAGCGACGUUUAGAAACCAGCAAAGAAUUUGAGAGCAGGAGGACUGAGAUCAUGCAACUUCUUCUAGUCCUGGAGAGCAAGUGCAUCUACAAGCCUACCAACGCCUUCACCACCUUUGGUGGUGAGGCAAUUGACUUCAUCUCCAAUCAUCACGACCGCAAGAAGGUCCAAUACCUCCUGUGUUCUCUCUUGAACACCGUCUUGAAGUAUCAACCCGACGCCCGAUACCUCUCGCCAUCACCCAGAGAGGUACACGAAACUCAUGUUCGCACAUGCCUGCACUUCCUACAGGUCAAUCUUUUGAAUAGGACACCUUGGGCUGAAGGUUCUGCUCCACCAGACAAUCGGUUCCGUGAUCUUUUCUCCCACCUACACAAAGCAACACACCUCCAGUUUCUGGCCGAUGGCAUACUGAAGAUACUGCGGCAACCGCUCGAAGCGAACAGUAACGGAUUGAAUAUCGUACAAAGACCGCUUGUUUGGGCACAUGAGAUUGUGCCACUCUUGUGGGAAUCUCUGUAUUCGAACAAAUACUUUCGUGCAUUCAUUUGCGAGACUGGUCGCCAGUUCGAGCUGACUGUAUUUCUCCUGUUCUAUAUUUUGGACCCCAACAAGAAUGUGGAAGGAGUGAAACGAGUGAGUCUGCUGUGUGUACAGACUAUGAGCGAGAAUCGAGAAUACGCCAUAUCCUUGAACAAGCAGUUCGAGGGUCAUGACAAUCUUCCAUCGUUCAUGCAGAUCAAAAACUUCCACGGCUCUUAUGCCGAUUAUCUAUUUACUUGGUUACUCACUCUUCUAAGACCCAACAAGAAUGGCCACUUAGACGCUAUGGCUGCUGCGCUAGUUGGAAUCAUUGUCAAUGUGUCUCCAUACAUUUCUCACCUUGGCCGGGCAACAAGUCUGAAACUGAUCCAACUGGUGGACCUUUAUACGCGAAACUCUUUAUCGACUAGCGUUGAGAUCAACGCCAUGGUCUUGACUCAUAUGGUCCGCGCAGUGAACUCGAUGCUGGAAGAAUACAAACCCGGAGCAGGUUCGUUACAUUUGCCUAGUUGGGGAAUCAACACUGACAUCUCUACUGCAGAAAACGAAAACUUACUUUGGGCCAUAUGGAAAUAUGGAACUACAUUCGAACAUCUAGCAGACCUCAGGAUGGAAGUUGAUUCAAGCUUCAAACAAGUGAUGGAGCAGAUUCGUGAAAGCGGCAUUACAGAGCCUACAUUGUGCCCGGAUGGCACUGUGCUGCAUCCCUUGAUCGCGGCUAGUGAUAUAGCCAACCUGGACAAAGACAAGGCCCCUCGACCACGUCUUGGAAGAGGACGCACAUGGCUAGAACUUCGUGAUAUCUACAAUCCGACAACAUCUCCAGUAGUGCCUCCGGUAGAUGAUAUGCCGCCGCCUAACGGAGAUAACGUCGCAGAGAAACAGCCUUCGGUAUCUUCAAGGGCUGUGGGCAAACAGCCCGAAAAAGGCAAGGAGUCUGCAGAUUUCGAAGAGGAGAAGGCAAGAGCGCUGACCUCACCAACCACAGACAUGGAUAUAGUCCGAACAUGGGUUCCACAAAUGCCUCUCCUCACAGCAUUGUCGCUUCUCCUAGCGUUACAAGCAUGGACAGCAAAGUUGUUGGAAGAAAGAGGUAUGGAGGGCAGCCAAGAAGCUGUCGACGGGUUGGGCAUGGAUGAAGUGUUGCAACCAGUGCGUAACCUGGGUCGUAUCUCGGUGGAGACGACGACUCGAAACAUCCACACGUUCCCCAUGACGGCCCNNCCCUUCUCGGAGGCCUACGCAGCUUUCUACUGGGGUCUCGUGGUCUCCCAAGAUCUGCAACAUGCGUCAACGUCUGGAAGUGGUAUCUGGAGCAGCACAAAUGUCAAGUUGUUCAAGAUUCGGGCUGGCGAGGUUGUGCCGCCAAGCUUGUUGAGUCCCAAGGGAGCAGUGGACGCGCUGGGAGAGAGCUUGGUAAGUGGUGUACAAAACCUGGCAUUGAAGUUUCGACAGCAGCUGAACGGUAGCUCUGAGGCA